AUGGUUCCAUGCAGCUCCGCUGGCUCGACGGCGAUCGCAGAGGCGGAACACCGAGCACUGGUCGCGGUGGGCCUGGCAGCCGAUCGUACUCCAGAAGCACUGGUACUCUGCAGGGCUGGCACCCCGGAGGACCCCAGCCACCAGAGGGGCCCCGCUUCGUCUGGCGUCGUUCCGGAGGGGGCUAUUCACGGCACGAAGUGGUCGCCUCCUCGGGCGGCGCUCCCCUCGCAGACCAUCCAGAAAGGCCCUGCUACAGCUUCGAGCGCCUUGCCAUUGAUGAUAGCCGAACUGAAGGCGCUGGUCAGGAAGCUUCAGCGGACGAGACCUCCCCCGCACUUGGAGCUGCCGAUCGGGUCCUGGAAGAAGCUGCGAGCCUGUGCCAUGAGUCCGACCGAGCCGCAGGGGACCGCACAUGCUCCAGCGACACCGCCCCGAAGGUCAUCAGGCCCGUCAGAUCUCCUGAGCCCCCCCAAGGCUGUGCUGCUGUCAGCUUGCCAGGUCCAGAAGUGCGUCAGCCUCAGACGUCGUAUACAGGAGGUCCAGGACGAGCUGCGCCAGGCGCUGAAGAUCCACCCGACGCUCCACGUGACCACGUAUGUCGACGACGCGAUCAUCCUUCUCCAGAAGCCGAUGUCAGAGGCGCUGCGCGAGACCGUCCCCGCUCUGGAUGCGGACCUGGGCGUCCAGAAGCCAGAGCCGAUUGCUCCAGCACCGGCCACAGCCCUGCAGCCGACAGUCGAGGACCUGCCGCCGUCAGUCGAACAGUUCGUUCCGGAUUGGAGCCCGAUGUAG